AGAAGAUGAUGGAAGACAAUCAUAAUAAUAAGAUUGUUAGUAAUGUUUUUGAGAGCAGGGGAAGGAAGAGAUUGAUUAUUAGAUGGUUGUUGGAGAGGGGAGUGAUGAGACUGGGAAGGAAUGUUAUAAUGAGUGCUGCGGUCGUCUCAUCUGCGCCGUUGGUUCUCCCUCCGCUCUUGGCCAUUUCCGCCGUGGGAUUUGUGGUGUGGGUCCCAGCUGGUGUUGUGGUUGCUGGGUAUGCUGCUGUUGAGAAGCUCAUGGCCACCCUGCUGCCACUUCCCCAACUCCCUUCUUCUUCUUCUACACCUCAUGAUGAUGAUGAUGGUGGUGGUGAGAAAGAUUUUGGUGAAGAGGGAGAUGAAGAGGGUUUUGCCACUGAUGAGAAUUUGACAGAGGGAGUUGGUGAAUAUUUGAAGAGAGAUGAUGGAGGGGGCAAAGAUGUCAUUGGUGAAUAUGGGAAUUUGGAGGAGAAAGGUUGUGAGGAUGAUGGUGGGAAAUGGUUGGAGGGGGAAUGUGAGGAGGGCAAAGAUGUAACUUAUGAAUAUGGGAAUUUGGAGGAUAAAUGCUAUGAAGAUGAUGGUGAGAAAUGGUUGGGGGGAGAGUGUGAGGAGGGCAAAGAUGUCACUUAUGAAUAUGGGAAUUUGGAGGAGAAAGGCUAUGAAGAUGAUGGUGAGAAAUGCAUCCAAGGAGAAGAAGGCGAAGCCAUGGAGAUCACAACUUGUGUAAAUUUGGAAGAGGAAUACAAUGUGGAGGACAUUAGCAAGAGCUUGGAGGAGGGAGGACACGCGGAGGACAAAUAUUUGAAUUUGGAGGGUGCCGGCGAAUGCUUGGAGGGAGGAGAGCAAUGGGGCUUUGAAGAAGACGGGGAUUUGGUAGAACGAGGAGAAGAAGGUUACAUGGAUGAAGUUAAUGAUCUCUUGGAGAAAGAAGAUGAUGAGGGAGGAGGACAAGGAGACCAGAAAGAGAUCGGGAUUGAUGAAGGUUUGGAGGAAGGGUACAAGGGAGAUGAUGGUGAUGAUGGAGAAUACUUGGAGGGCAAAAAUGAGAUCAACAAUAAUGCUCAUAGUUUGAAGGAAGGUUAUAUGGGGGAACAAAAUGAAAGUGAGGAAGAGGAUUUGAAGAAUGUUUCUAACCCAUAUGCAUCAUAUGGAAGGGAUUAUUCUGAAUGUAGUGUUGAGUAUACCUGCACCAUUUCUGCAGAAGAAGAAAUUGCAGGGAAGCAGGAGGGUUCUCUGGGAUCACACGCAGCUGAACGCAGCAACGAUGUCGAAACUAAAGAGAGUGCAGAUGAACCAUCCACUGAGGUUAUGGCCAUGAUAAGUGAGGAGAAGAUACGGGUUGAAUUGGAGAGGGAUCUUGCCGCCAAAGGUGUUAAUGAAGAGCAUUGUGAACGCGUGGAUGGAGAGGGGAAGGUGAUUGACAUUGAUGAGAAUGUGGAGGAAGAAAGUUAUGUGGAGGAAUAUCUAGAGAGUGAACACGGAGAGGGAGAAGAUGUUGCCAUUGAUGAGGAUUUGAGAAAGGGGUGUUAUGUGGAGGAAGCUCGUGAAUAUUUGAAGGGAGAAGACGAGGAGAACAUAAAUGAGAAUUUGGAGAAGAAGAAAGGUUGUGUGGAGAAGAAAGGUUAUGAGGAUGAAGAAUGUGAGGAGGAGAAAGAUGCCAUUAAUGUAUAUGAGAAUUUGGAGAAGAAAGGUCAUGAGAAUGAUGGUGGGAGAUGCAUUGAAGGAGAGCAAGGUGACACCAAAGGGAUUAAAACUUGUUUGAAGUUGAAAGCGGAAUACAAUGUGGAGGACGACAGAGAUGUGAAUUUGGAGGAGGGGUAUAAGGAGGGUGUCGACAAAUACUUGGAGGGAGAGCAACGGGGAUUUGAAGAGAUCGUCCCCGUUGAUGGGGAUUUGAUGGAAGGAGAAGGUUAUAUGGAGGGAGUUGAUGAAGGAGAAGGCUUUGAAGACAAGGAAUACUUGGAGGGAGGAGCACAAGGAGACCGAAAAGAAAUUGCCAUUGACGAAGGUUUGGAGGAAGGCUACGAGGGAGAUGGUGGAGAAUACUUGGAGGAAGAACAAGGUGGUGCCGCCAUUGAUUGGAAUUUGGAAGAUGGCGAACGCUCGGAUGACAAAAACGAGACCAACAAUGCUCGUAUUUCGAAGGUUGAAGUUGAGCAAGAGUCACGUUGUGGCAUUGGCGAAAGCCUCAUACAAAAGGAUGAGCCAAAUACGAAUGAGGAAGAGGAUGUGGAAAUGGACAUUAGUGUAAAAGAUGAUGUCAAUGCACAAGCAAGUGAGGAAAGUGUAGCCGAAACCGAGAAGCAAAGAAGCGUGGGAGAAGAUUUGAAGAACGAUUCUGCCCCGUUGGAAUCCGGACGGAAAUACGUAUCAGAUGGAACGGGUUCUGAACCUAGCAGUACUGAUGACUAUACAUGCACCCUUGUUUCUAUGGAAGAAGGAAAUGUAGGGGAGCAGGAGGGUUCACUGGGAUCUCACACACUGGAAUGCAGCACCAGUAUCAUCAAAACUAAAGAGAGUGCAGAACCAUCCAAUGAGGUUAUGGGCACAAUGAGUGAGGAGAAGAUAUGGGAACAAGUGAGUGCAAUAAGGGCAAUCUUGGGAUACAAAGAUGCAAAACAAAGAUCCACUGUGGAUGAGAUAAAAGCUCUGUUUGUGUUCAUUGGAGUUGAGCCACCAUCACCAUUUGAUGACCCUUCACACCUCACAGAUGUCUAUCAGAAGCUUAAGAUUUUGAUGUCAAUUGUGGGAACCAAAUAGCCACUUAGCUGUGGACUUCAAUUUUUUU